AACGUGAUAAGAUGAAGAAUUGAAAUCUUAGCUAAGGUGCUGAAUGUAAGCUUUUGCCCUGUUCAACUGCCAAGUGUUAACUGUCUUCUUCUGACCAAAUCGUCGCAGCCGCCAAUGGGCUCCGCUGCAGCCGCCGCCAAAUCUCCUUCGAUCCUCCACCAUCUCCUGGCUCUGGACGCCACCAUGUCCUCCUACCCUCAUGCCUUCCUUGAACCUUUUCUUCGUCCCGCAUUUUUCCUCCUCUUCCUUAAUACUCGGCUCACUUCAGCUUUUAAUUUCCUUUCCACCCUCCCUUGCACUCCUCCUUGCUUCCCCUUCCCGUUUACCUUUCUUCCUGCCCAUCCUCCUGGGGCUCCUCCUCGAUCUCGCGCUCAUCGGCCUCGUCAAACUGGUCUUUCGCCGCGUCCGUCCCCUUUACAACCCCAACAUGUCUGCCGUUGUCCAGGCGGAUAACUUCUCCUUUCCCAGCGGCGACGCCUCCUGCGUUCUAGCUAAUUCUUGCCACUUUAAUGCACCUCUCUGUACAAAAUGAGGACGGCUUGGUUCCGAACUUUGUUGACCAGAGGAUUAGGGUUGAUUUGGCUCUUUUGGGCAAAUCCUGUUGGAUGUUUAGGCGAGGGCAUGCUUGGGGAUUCUGGAGGGUAUUUUUGCCAUGCGGUUCUUGAGGUUUUUAGCAGACCUUUGUCCAUGUAUUUGUUCCAAAGGUGUGAACUUUGAUGUGGGAAUUGUUGUUUGUAAAAAUUAAGCUGCAAUCUAGGAACAAUUCAAACAAUGUAUAUUCAUUCAAUGUUAAGACUUUAAACUGUUAUACUGCAAUAUCUUGCUAAUGUCAUAUGUGAUCGCUCUAAUGAGAGUGUCUAAUUUCGAGAGAGUCAUAAUUCAGCUAUUUGAGUUUGAUUUCCACUUUGUUAAUUAAUUUUCUCUCAAGUUUAUCAUAAUACCUAUCUUCAAAACGGUUUUACCCUUUUUUUGCUAGGUUUGUUUUCCUCAAUUCUUACCUUUCUCUUUGGGAAAUUUCAGCCCCCUUAUGUGAGCCAGGACAGCUAGUGGAUCAUAAUCUGAUUGUCUAAUAUAACCAUGUUCUCCUG